AUGCGGGGACGGGAGGUGGGUGAAUGGGAACUGACUUCUCGGGGAAACACGUAUCGCUGCAACGACUUCCGCUGGUCGUGUUCGUGCCUCUUCGACAGCAGCUACAGCUUGCCGUGCCAGCAUCUGAUGUACAUUGCGCAGUAUGUGCAUAAGUUUGAGAAGCUGCCGGCCUCCAGCGUACCUCCACGAUGGAAU